AUGUGGAAUCCAUAUGCAAAUGUACAUGCACCACACAGAUGCCCCAUCUACUGUGUUACUUCUGUGUCCUGCAUUGCAUCGCGUUGCAUUACUGUAUGCAGGCAGACUGCUUGGCUUCAGCCCACAUGGCUUACUUUGUGGCAUGUUGUGGAUGCUGCCCGUGUUGCAAGAUCGAGAGAGGCACAAGUGUUCUAUUGCAUUCAUCUGACAGACAGUCCCCAACAAAUCAUUUGCCAAGACAUUUCGCAGUCAGGACCCAUCUCUGAACAGAAUCUGGGUAAUCUUUGUUUGCCUGGGUAA